AUGGCAGCGGCUCUGCAAAGCGUUCGCUCAACGGCAUGGAGCUGUCUGUCGAGUCAAAACCCGUUUCGGUUUGCAGCAAGCUCAAUUGGGCCUGUGAGGACUUUCUCAAACAGUCUCCUACGACCGAAAAGGACCAACCGUGUCAAGACAGGUCUCAUGAAAGCAAAGAAGAGCGCCGGCGAUGAAGCAGCAGGGCUGUUACAGAUAGAGUCGGAGCUGCAACGGGUGAUUGAGACAAGCUCCAAUGGAGACGAGUGGGAUGCCGUCAAGCAGAAAAUCGACUCCCAGAAUAGGCCAUACGAACUCGCAAAUAAUCGACGGAAAAGGCUAAAGGAGACUUUCAUGAACAUGGGCGAAGCCGAGCCCUGGGAGGAUGAGCAUACUAUGGAAGACGACGACGAUGAUAUCAACUCUCUUGCUCAUGGAGAACUGGAGCAGCACCGAGAGCUGAGACAUUAUGCCCGAUUAGUUGCGUGGGAGAUGCCUCUGCUAUCUAAGCUGGCAAAGCCGUUCCAACCCCCAACUCGGGAUAUGCCUUUGCGAUACAGAUACACGACCUAUAUGGGGGAACAACAUCCAGCGGAGAAGAAAGUUGUUCUAGAGUUCUCUCCGGCUGAUAUGUCACAUCUCACGAAAGUUCAAACGGACAAGCUCAGAAAGCUGGCGGGAGUGAGAUAUAAUCCAGAAAAAGACAUCAUCAAAAUGAGCUGUGAGAUGUUUGAGACUCAAGCUCAAAAUAAGCGGUAUCUGGGAGAUGUUGUCCAGACAAUGCUGAGGGAAGCAAUAGAUCCAAGUGACACAUUCGAGGACAUACCGUUGGACACACGACAUCAUCACUUCAAAACGAAGCCACAGUUUCCAAAGGAGUGGGCACUGACAGAAGCACGAAAGCAAGAGUUACAUCAAUAUCGACAAGUCAUGAUGCUGAAUGGUCAACAAAAGGAGGUAACCGGGCAGUUGAUCGAUGGAAUCAAGCUGAUUGAGGAGGGGCUGAAGCAGGCGAUAUCAUUAGAUAAUGCUCUUCCUGAACCUGUGAUGAUGGGGAAAGGAAGGGGUAAGAAAGUCGCAGUGAGGCGGUGA